ACUAAGCAGAUACAAAUUGUUAAAAUUUAUAAAGAAGCAAGUAAAUAUUUACAUAGUUUUUUGAAUAAUUUAUUGAAAACAGUGUUAAUUAAGUGAAAAUGCUAAAGAAGUGUUUUAGUGUUUUCUCCCAUAAGAAAUUAAGUAGUUUCGGAUUACUGCCGCCACCCACUAUUACUUCGUGCAGGCAAUAAAAUUUACAACAAAGCGAAAUUUAUCAAACUGGAGAAAAUAUUACCGGGAGUAGAAUCAUCACCAGGAGUUUCUGAAGAAUGGGGCUCUGGUUGGAAAGGCACAAAUUUUAUAGUCGAAAUCGAAGAGGCUGCAACGAGUUCUCCUAUAAGUUCAGAUUAUAUCAGCAGCCGAGAAGAUAUUUCCAGCACAGUGACAAUAAAUACAACAAAUAUGAUAACACAAGGUCCAAAAAUUAUUGUACGAACAGAAGAGAUUUUAAUAGUUGGCUUAGUGUUAAUGCUAUGGGUUGGUGCAAUUGUUUUAUUCUUUAACCGUUGGGGUAAAAUACGCAUGUUAGAGCCGUAUCAGCCGAAAUUUCAACAACAACAUCGAGCUUCCUGCCCUUUAUCCGAUAUAGAUCCCAUACCUCAUCAGCGCUCAUCUGUUUCACGAAUGUCAAUGGGUUUUGUUAACAAUGUAAAUAUGCCAUCCUGUCAAUUUUCUGCCUAUAAUCCAACGAUAUACUCAAAAGGUUAUUCAGCACACACUAGACCGCGACAAAACUCGGUUUUUGUGGGCCCAAGCCCGAAUCAAUUUUUAAUGCCAAAACCACCACGAAAAACUCGAUCUGCCAUGGAUUUACAUUCGAUGAUUUUAGAUGAAACCGCAGAGCAAGUAUAAAAAAGAAAGUGCAAUUGCUAUUUGAUGUGAUUAUUUUGGGAAUACAUGUAUGUACAUAUGUACGUACAUACAUACAUAUGUAUAUUGUAAUAAAGGGAGCACAUUGUUGUUAAUAUUUAAGAUACCUACUCAAUAUUACAUUUGAUAACUGUAAAAGAAAGUCUUGCCAAUAAGGAACCAUUACUACAAGGAAAACAUUUUUAAGGGCUCAACUAUUUACUAUCUCUAUACUUAAAAUUUAAUUUAUAAUCUUUAAAAUUACCUCUUUUUCUACUUGCUGUCUUUAAUAAUUAUUAAAUCUUUAAAAUGAAAUUUUUAACAAUUAGUAUUUUCUCAUUAAACCUAUUUAUUAUACACAACUUUUCUUCUAUGUAUAUCACACUCUUCACUUAUCCGUACUCAAGUAUUGUACUUUACUUAAAAUUAAUUAAUUAAUUAAAAACGUUUUCGCAAUCUUAGAAAUCUGUUAAAUCUGUAGUUGUUUUUUUGUAAACUGUUGUUAUCUUUGAAAAAGAAAAAAAAAACAUUUUUAAAUUAAGAAAAAUACCUUAUACCAUACAUUGAUACAUAAAAAUACUUAAGAUAAGCUUAAAGGAAUAUGUAAAAUUAUUUAUCGAACAUUUUUUAUAUUUUUUACAUGCAUAAUUUUUC